AUGGCCUACGGAGCGGCGGCGGACAGUGAGCGGCGGAAGUCGACGAGGAGCCGCCGGCCGAGGAGAGGGCAGUUUAAGUGA